UGGUAAGCAGAAUAGAUCCAUAAAUGGACGGGUAUGAACCCGACUUUGGUGUGGACGUCACUAUUGACCCCAUCGAUGUGGAAUGUGAGGAUUUCGAUGUUGACCCCGAGGGCCUGGGCGAGGAGGGCGAAUACGAUGAGGAGGCGUCGGAGGCGGGUAGCCCGAAGCGUCCGAAACUCAGGAUGGUCAAAGGCAGACCAGCGAAGAGACCCCGCGUGAACGCUUACAUGCGGUGGUCGCUGUUCAGCGUGAAUUGCUGCAAUGCCCUUUAUCUGGGGUACAUGGCACUUCGGUGCUCUAUGCAGGUGGGGAAGAAGCUGAGGAAAGGAGACAUUGAGGCAGCGAGGAGAUACGCUGGACACGCGUGCAGGACCAACGUGGCUGCUUUCCUGGUCACUAUCGUGAUAGUCAUCGUGACCAGCUUUUACAUGUAUAAUUGCUUACAGGAUACAGAUUGUUCUCCCAUUCGAAAGAAAAAAUAAAGAAGAAAGAAGUGCAUUGCUUCAUUAUUUGCACUAUAUAUAUA